GCAUUUCAGUCUUCCCUUCACCACACUCACUCAGUCUGUCACUGAGCUGAUGUCGGACAACAGUGAAGUGUCAUCAGCAUAUAAAAACCAUCCUGCAUUCAACGCCAUCUUCAUACGACCAUGUCUGAUAAGGAGUGGAGGACCUGGAAAAUGAAGUCUGAUUAGAGCCCAUUUAAGGUAAAUCACAGCGUCUGGUCGGUCAUUGCUGAGCAGAAACGAGGAACUAUCUCAGCUUCACCGCUGGAGGAAGAACAUCCGAGCUUCCCUCUGGUCAAGUUCUCUCUGUAUGAAAAAUGUCGUUCUCCUCCACCCAUGACAGUAUGGGAAGAGGAACCAACACCUCUAAAGCGCCAAAGGAUCAUAAAAAGCUUACGCCAGCUGCUCUGAAAGGAGCCAUCCAGCUGGGCAUUGGCUAUGCUGUUGGAAACCUGAGCUCCAAACCUGACAGGGAUGUUCUCAUGCAGGACUUCUCUGUGGUCGAGAGUGUUUUCCUGCCCAGUGAGGGCAGCAACCAAACUCCAGCUCACCACUACCCAGAUUUCCGUCUAAAAACCUACGCCCCGCUGGCCUUUCGUUACUUCAGAGAGCUCUUUGGCAUAAAACCAGACGACUACCUGUACUCUAUCUGCAACGAGCCUCUGAUCGAGCUGUCCAACCCCGGAGCCAGCAGUUCCUGGUUCUACCUCACCAGCGACGACGAGUUUAUCAUUAAAACCGUGCAGCACAAAGAGGCUGAGUUCCUGCAGAAGCUGCUCCCUGGUUACUACAUGAAUCUGAACCAAAACCCAAGGACGUUGCUACCAAAGUUCUACGGUCUUUACUGCAUCCAGUGUGGCAGCACCACCGUCCGGGUGGUGGUUAUGAACAAUGUGCUGCCACGUGCAAUGAAGAUGCACUACAAGUACGACCUGAAGGGGUCAUCGUACAAACGCCGAGCUUCACGUAAAGAAAGGUCCAAACCUUUUCCUACCUUCAAAGACCUGGACUUCCAGGAGAUGCAUGAAGGCCUGCACUUUGACCAUGACACCUACACUGCUCUGAUAAAGACCCUGCAGAGAGACUGUCGGGUCCUGGAGAGUUUUAAGAUCAUGGACUACAGUCUCCUGUUAGGUAUUCACGUGUUGAACAGGAAGCCUUUGAGCAGAGGAAGCCGCUGUGACAGCAGGAAAGGGCAGAAAGUCCUCUACUCCACCGCCCUCGAGUCCAUCCAGGGGAACACAAAGGGUCCCGACCCUGUGGCUGACGAUGAAACAUUUGGAGGGAUUCCUGCCAAACAUAAAGAUGAGAAUCUUCUCAUCUUUUUAGGAAUCAUCGACAUCCUUCAGUCCUACCGGUUUAUUAAGAAGGUUGAACACUCCUGGAAAGCUCUGGUGCAUGAUGGGGACACUGUUUCAGUCCACAGACCGAGUUUCUACGCCGACAGAUUUCUGAAUUUCAUGGGCUCAACUGUGUUUAAAAAGAUUCAUCCUAUAAGAGGGGCAUCUUCAAAAAGGAAGAGGACGUCUUUCUAUGCAGUGAGGUCAGCAUCUCAGGAGUUGUUGACCACACGGAGGGAGGAGAAGAAGGAGGAGAAGAAGGCGCAGAGCAUGGACAACCUGGAUGGAAAAUUUUACACUUCCUCCAAGCAACCAGAUCUGCUGCCGAGACCGACUGUGUCUUUUGAGUCUGACAAAAAUGAUGAAGAGGAUCUGGACAACAGUGAAGACCGACGAGCCUCCAGUUCAACGAUCGCUCUGGACCAUCCUCUGCCGUCCCUCAAUAUAAGCCAAUCAGACUCUGAGCUGGACGACUACUUGAAGGGAUAUAAACGCCAGGAACUGUCUGUAGAUCAGCCAAAAGGUGAGGUUCUGAUCACAAUUUACUCCAUAUUGAUCUAUCAUGUAAUGUAUGCAUUCGUGUCCUGCAUAAGCCUCUCUAAUGAUGCACAUCUUAAACACAUUCAUUCUGUCCUAUAUCUUUGUUCAGUCAUAUGUUUUGUUCAAUCUAAGGUCCAAACUACAACAUUUGUCAUUGAAAAACCCAGAGUUUUGGGCUGUGAAUUCUCAUAAAGGAGGUGAUGGUAGUUCCUAAGGCUACACCAGUUGAGAUCCACUGCUUUAAAUUCUUCUCACAGCCUGUUUGAUAAACUAUAAUCAAGUAAAAGAAAAGUUCAGAGGUAAUCACUGGUUGUACUGGGGUAUUGGGAGCAUCAUUCAUGAUGGAUCCAGGGGUCACUGGGUGUUUCUGCAUUUUCAGCAUCACACAGUCUCACCCAGGAGACCCAGCUGGAGUUGAAUGGUCGUUUUUCUCCCCAGAAUCCAUAAACUGUAAGCAGCAUGUGACAUUCUUUAAACUUUCUAUAGGAUCUGUCUUUUAGAUCAACCAAAAAAAGCACAGCACUCCUUAUGAUCUCCCUGUUUUCAAACAUGUAGAACAAAGGAAGUGUAUCUAGGACACCUCACUUUGCAUUUCAUGCUUACACCUUCCUGCACGUCAUUCGCUGCCGUCCCAGCAUGCUUUGUUUUCUCAAAUCCUGAAACUUUCUUCUGCUGUGACGGGAGGCCCCUCAUGCAUCCUGUGACGUCUGAACUGUGUGACUCAGCGGAGUCCUUUUCUUCUGCGCUCCUCCCUUUUCAGUCUGAGAAACCUCCAUGAAUCCCCUUUUCUACAGUACUUCUCUUACAUAACCAAUAAAUCCCCAUUCAGGCUUAUGUGGAGCUUUUCUUUAGCCCCCAUUAAGCAGUUCUACUCCGGCUCUGUAGACGUCUGAGUUAAUCUAAUCUUAAAGCCUCUGAGAGAAACAGAGGGAAAGGGAAAUAUAGGGCUUGGAUUUGGCUGUUUAAAGAUGAUCUGCAUGUUAGCUGCUGUUUUUAACCUCCUGCCCUCAGAAUAGAACUUAGUCCAGUCUGGAUUAUUUGGCCGCAGGCUUUGUCCACUCCACAUCAUUGUUAGAGGUUAUUUGGAGGAUUACAGUGGCAUAUUUGCAUCCAAAUAUGCCACUGUAAUGCUUAUCUGCCAAAUGCAUGUGAGGCACAUGUUUACUGCUCUUCUUCCUCUGCUUUUUGACUCAAUUUCAUUUUGAAGUGCACUCUUUUUAAUCACCAUCUAUGAAUGGUUGAUUUGCUUAUUCAUACAAUGAAAAUAGUGAGGCUUUAAAACACAAGAAACAAGAAAUUAAACCAAGACUACUAAAAUAUUAUGUCUAAUGUUAUUUCAAAAACUUAAAGAUAAUGAAAAAAGAUACAAAAGCAUUUUCUGUACAUUAUUUCCUGAAAAUAUGCUAACAUAAAGGCCUCUUGUCCAUGGUUGACUGUAAAUAUUCUGGUUUUAAUGUGUUGAUCUCACCAAAUACUGACAUCAGAUACAAUCCUUUGCUACCUUAAUGACAAAGAAAAACGAUACGUUUUGUUUUCUAGUGAAGAGAAAAGCGCAAUCGUUCCUUUUCGGCUUCCUGGACUUUUCACAAUGAUGAUCCGACAGCACCGAGACAUCAGGGCUGUGUCAGCAUCAGCAGAGCAAAUGCCGAAUCAACUACAGAACAACAGUCAUCAUUUCAUCACUGUGAUUAUCACAGUGUGCCUUUGUGACUCUCUUCUAGAAACAAAAUGUGCUGAAUCACUGGUAUGUAGAGAUGACUGUGUGGUACUGAACCGCUAAAACACUAUGAUAUUAUGUCUGUGGAAGUUCUGAAACUCACUGCUACUGAAAGUUUUAGUUGUACUCUUGGAUGUCUGAUUAUCUGUAAAAAUGUUCAGAAACUCCUCAGAGGCUGGAUCUCUGAGGAAAGAGUUUGUUUUGUUACUUAAUCAGUGGCAGGAGAAAUAAUUAUUUGCAGUUAUUUUUUUAAUCAGAUGAAUGUAUAGCGCUUUGUUGACAAUACUAUGGUUGAAAGAACUUUAAUGAAAAAAGUCCAUUUUUGAUGUGCAACAUGAUCAGGUCUGUUGUAUGUUUAGUAAAAUCUUAGUUUGCAUGAAAGGAACAUGUUGAUGUGAUGCUACCUAAUAUGUUUUUAUAUAGAAAUGUCUUUCAAAAUGACUACUUUUUACCCUCAGUUUCCUCUUAAAUGAAUAUAAAGGCCUAUUUGUUAGAGAAUGUAAAUUUCAUUUUUAAGGGUUUUAUUGAAAUUUUUGCCUUUUACAAACUAUUUUUCAUCCUUCGAUGAUGACCAUACUGUAUGUAUGUAAUCCUAUGUAUUCUGUUGUCCAUAUGCCUUCAGAAUUAUGAAAAAAAAUCAGUGCUUUGAGGAGAUUGGAUGACUUGCAACUACUGAAUUGCAGUACUUUGGACUUUGUGCAAUAAAACUAUUACAUUCUUGUAUGUCAUUCACUUCCUGAAAGUUAUGAUUUGUUUUUUAGGUGUAUCAAACUUUGAAGUAAUAACAAUAAGCAGAAAAAUACUAUAAGUUCAGUUACAAUAACCAAAGACAUACAAUAUGCAAACAUCACACAAGAUUAUCUCAAAAAAAAAAAAAAAAAGGAGAUCUGUCUCAAAAUUGUUGAAUUAUGCUUGCAGAUAAGUCUAUUUGGGUUACAUUUUUGCUAUCUACAAUAAUAAGCAUGUGAUUGAUAGAGUGAUAAAGACUGAGUAUUUUCCCA